UUCCUCUUCUCCAUAUUACACACUAGCCACACUCUUUUACCACUACUGCUGUAUGCCAAUGCCUCCCCAGAAACUCGAGACCCGCCCCGACCUGCAGUCGUUUGUGGACCGCUACGACACGUUCCUCCUGGGCAAGCGCCUGAUCUUUGUGACCAACAACAGCAACACGUCGCGCAAGGACUAUGUGAAGAAAUUCGCCAAGCUGGGGAUCACAGCCGCCGAAGAGGAGAUCUUCAGCUCCGCCUAUGCCACCGCCGUCUACCUGGCCGAUGUGGCCAAGUUUGGCUCCAGCAACAAGUCGGCGUACGUGAUCGGCGGCAACGGCAUCCGCGCAGAGCUCGAGGAGGCACAGAUUGACCUGAGCACCCUCAAUGAGGUCGAGCCCAAUCCCCGAUGUGGGCGCUGUGGUGUUUGGCAUCGACUACGAGGUGUCCUUACCGCAAGCUGGCCAAUGCCCACGUCAACCUGGUGCAUAACCCCGACUGUCUGUUUCAUUGCCACCAACGAUGACCGCACGCUGCCCGGCGGCAAGUACAUGUAUCCAGGAUCCGGCUCGCUGCUCAACUCGCUGGUGUCGUCGACGCAGAAGACCCCCAUGGUCAUGGGCAAGCCCAACCAGCCCAUGCUCGACUGCGUCAUGCGCAAGUACCAUCUGGACGCGGCCCGCACCUGCAUGAUUGGCGACCGCCUCGAUACCGACUCCGUGCUGGCCCCGACCGCGCCCCAGGCAACCUACUACACAUCCAGCCUCGGAAACCUGGCCCAGCUGGCAUAGACCCCAACCCCUUUCUCUAUUUAUAAUGCAAGCCAUAGAACGCGAGCCUAACCUCCCCCGCAUCUGCGU